UGUUGAAUAUGAAUGUGCAAGUUGUUGAAUUUUGCAACAUUUGACUAACCAUACCCGGAUCUCUUAUAUCUCUUGCGAAUAUUAAAAGCGGCAGCGGCCCAAUUCUACCGGAAGUCGCUAUUGAGAGCCGAUCGACCACACUAAAAUCGUUUGAAUUAUCCCAUAUAUCGGGAGACAUGCAAAGUCGGCGAUCUCCUUCAGCCAUUUGAGAUCAGUAAUUAUCAUUUUUCAUUCGUCCGCUAAUACCGGAAAAGUUGCCAGUCCCACAGUUAUACAGUCUUUCAGUCGUUUACACAGCAUAUCGAAAAAUGGUCGACAACUGUCGUCUAUGCACGUAGAACUGAAGGCGGGUGUAAAAAAUACUUGUAAACGAAAAACUGAAAAACUGAAUUAGUAAAAAGAUAUAUAAAUGUUUUUAUAUCUAUCGAUAAUACUACGUAUAGUAUGAUCUCCCACUGGACAUCAAAGCCUGAACUUGGGUGGUCAACAGGCGAUCAAUUGCGUUUGUUUUGUUUAACUUAAUUCCUUGGUAACCGACACUUCUCUCAAGAACGUUUCAGUCGUGCAGAUAGUUUUCACAAUACUUUUAAAGCUGCUGUUCCUUUACGGCCAGAAGAGUCGUGAUGUGUCGAAAAUCACUUUUACAGACCAAAGGAUGUUUGCUUUUCAUCAUGAUUUUCGGCUGUGUGAGUUUGUGGAUCGCCAACAAAGCUUUGGAACAAAAUUUCUCGAGAGCACUCUUCAAAGUCAUCCCAAGAUCAUUUAGCUCACGUAUGGCCGAAAGACGACAGCUUUUAAGGGAGCAGUGCCUUACAAAACCACCAAAUCCUUCCUUCAUUGAAGAAGCUGACUUCUCUCGUUUUAUCGUCAUUGAAAAGUUAAAGUUUGUGUUCUGUUUCAUACCUAAAGUUUCCUGCACAACUUGGAAGCGCGUCCUUUACAGCGCAGAGAACAAGGGUGGACAAGUAGUUUUUAAUCCUCAUAAUAAUAGACUGUUCUCUUGGCUUAAAGAUUACAAUGUUACUGAGAGGAAAAAGAUCUUGAAGGGUUACUACAAAGCCAUGUUUGUCCGGGAGCCUUUUGAGAGAUUGGCAUCGGCGUACCGUGACAAAGUGAAUAGGUUGUGGUUCAAACGAUUUGUUAUUCCCGACAAAACCACCGAAGAAUUAAGGAAGGAAGCCGCGGUCCCGUUUUCAACCUUUAUAAAGAGCGUUCUUUCAUCUAACGCAACAACUUUGCGGAAGCGUGGAUAUAUUGAAGAUCAACACUGGCGUUCUUACGAACAGAUUUGUCCAUGCGAGGUAGACUACGACUUCAUUGGUCACUUUGAAAAUCUUGCCGAGGAAGCGCCUCAGCUGUUAAAAAUAAUUGGUGUGGAUGAUUAUGUAACUUUCCCCGAAUAUCGCCCAUCGAAGACGAAAUCGCACGUAUUAGAGUAUUACUCCGAGCUGACGAAAGACGAAAUAUUUCAACUUGGACGUCUGUUUGAACUCGAUUUCAAAUUAUUUGGAUACGACUUCCCAGGCCCUUUAGAAGAAAUCUGUGAGAAGAAAUCUCUUACAACAGAGCUUGUGCUGUAGCUAGUGCAGUUGCCGAUGCCGGGUUUUACUUCAGUCUCCCGUGUGGGGAUCCGUACCCGCUGCUACAUCGAAACCAAUUAUCAUGUAAUGCUUGCUUACACUCUACAGCUAAGGGAACGAUUUCUAAGUAUAUAAGGGAAAUUAAUUCACUUUUUCAUUAUCAAAAGGUCGCUGGACUCUCAUGCUCCUUGACUGCUGACGUCACCCAUUCAGCUUUGUUUUUAUCACGUUUACUAUACAAGAGGAGAGUAUUUUCUGUUUCUAUGGCUCAUACCAUCCUUAAAUGGGUUCACAGUGUUCUGCCUUUAGAUAGUAACCCUUUAGACGCCGGGAUUUGCAAGAAGCUUGUUGAGGCGGACAAACGAUCAAGGCCUGAACCAAUCAAGAAGAAGGAGCCAGUCUCCUUAGCAUUAAUUUGAUCUAUUGUUUCUACUUACGCUGACGAGCGUGCUUAUCACAAAAGCCUAAGGUUUGCAACGAUGUGUGUUUUAUCUUUCGCUGGUCUCUUUCGUCCAAAUGAGCUUCUCAACAUCCGGGGUUGUCAUAUUACAGUUUUGUCAGAUCAUGUUAUUAUUGGGCUCCCCGACGCCAUGACGUAUACAGAGAAGGCCAGGAUGUAUUUAAACAUAAGGCCGCAAAUUCUACCUGACCAUAUCACUUGCUGUUAAGUAUUUGGAAGUGCUAAUAUUGUCAUUUCUUUAACUCCAGAGUGUUUUUGUUUAGGAACGUUGGAAAUCUGACCUAGUCAAAGACGUGUAUAUUAAGGAACCUUUUCGGGAGAGGCUCAUGUUGCUCAAAGCACUGGACUUUAGUUUUCUUUUCAGUUGAUGUAUUUUCUUAACCAUUCAUGAGCUUGGAAUAAACUUUACCGUAGGUGCUUGUUCUACCUAACACAAGUUACCCAACCUGUAUCUGCUGUGUUUUCUCUUUUUGACGCUUGUUUUUUGUUCUCAGUCCAAAUUACAAGGAAAGUAUUGUUCAUUCGGACGAACCUCGUGAGGAAGAAUGAAAAUGAUACUUUUCCAAAUGUUAACUAUUCCAGAUGCUUAGUCUGGGCAAGACAAAAUAAACUUAGUAGAAACAUUGCCUUGACGACAUGACUUUCUCGUUCUCUCGGGGCGCCUUAUUUGGCUGCUGGGUUUAAUUCGUCUCGAACAGCCGUUUUCAGAAUCCACUGUGACAAGAAUAAUUCUUUGUACGUGAUUAAACUAUGAAGACCGUCUAUAAAAGUGACUAAAUUAUUUGCGUUCAAACACUGUAUAGAUCUUUUGAAGGCAUUGCUUUUGGCAAAAACCAUAUGCAAAGGACAUUGUUCUCUCUUGAUGUGUUCCACAACACCUCACUGUCAAGGCAACUUGUUUAAAUCUCCCCUACCCCUCCCAGACAGUGUCAAAUUUCACACCGGCCCCAAUAUCGCUGAUGUCACAUUCUCGCCUCCCUGGGGGAGAGGCCAGUUCCGAUAAAACUAAUUCUAACUUGGCUCCGAGGCUUGGGGGAAUAAACAAAAAGAAAUUAACUAUUCAUCCCUCAACCUCCAUGUUAUUUCUUUUGUUUUAUUCCCCCAAACCUCGACACCAAGUUAGAAUUUUAACCUAUCGAAAAUCCCCAAUUGGUGAAACGCCCGGCCGGGGUAUGCCUGGAAACGAUAUUGCUUCUAAAUAUUUGAUCGAUACACGUUCACUAUUCUUGUAGAAAACUCAGUAUUCUCAUAUAACGUUAACAGCUGACGCGUUCCGUUCAGAGGAGUCCGCGCCAUGUACGCAAGAUCGCUAUUACGGACAAAAACCCGCCUUAUUUUCAUCGUGAUUGCUGUAUGCGUUGGUUUGUGGAUCACUGAAAAAACCUUGUAUCCAAGUUCUUCUGUAGGUAGGGUUCAGUGAUUGUACUACAUUAAUGCCUGUAGCCGUAGUUAGCGUACAAUGUAGACAGUAGCGACAUGGUUUAAGUGCUUCAAACUUAUACACCACCUAUAUGAUCCUAAUCGCUCAAGCUCAAGACUGUAAACAAAGAAGUAAAACAAACGUUAGUUCAAAUCUCCGCAUGCAAACAUGGACAUGACGCUGAUUUGCUCGAUGAUUAUUAGGAUCCACUAAUGACUGCCUUUUAGUUGAUUUGUGCCGCGUCUCUUCAAGUUACAUUUUAUUUUUGUUUUAUUACUUUCCUUUCCUUGUAUUACUGUAAAUCAAAAAAUGAGCUUUACCCCUCAUGCUGCUCAUUAGCACUGAAGUUACUCGUUUGCAUUGUUUGCGCAACGCUUCCUCGGCACCCUGGUUAUCCUGCCGUAUUUGAUUGGAAUCUGGAUUCAAAUAUGAAUAAUUCUUGUUCUGUUUAACUAAAAAUCGAGUAAAAUAGUGAUUUCAUUGAAAAUAUUG